AACGAAAUCGCGUAUCUUCGCGAAUUUCCACUUUACGCGUCUCUCCCCUGUAACUUGGUGAAUUGGUAGUGAUAAUAAACCCCACUACCUGUGCCCGAUACACAAUCACAAUCACUGGAAACCUCUCUACUUCACUACCUACAUUAAUAUCAAUCAUGUCUCGGUCAACAGAUCCAGGACACUUCUUUCAAACUGAUGCAUCCGAGUCUACACGAGCCCGUAGAGCUGCAAAAUCCGGCAACAAAAAUGGAAACCCUAUAAUUUUACAAUCAAAGCUCCUGAGCUUGAUUCCAGACCCAUUUUCGACGCAAUGCGUUUACAUCGCAGAGAGUGCUGGAUGCGUACGAAGGGUCAAUAUCGAAGUAGGUACGAUAAUUAUCUAAGUUUAUGCCGUGUCCUAGAUGCCAUCUAACAGUAUUCCUAGACUAGAAAUACAAAACCGAUUUAUAGAGGCCCAACGGCACCAGUUACUUCAGUAGCCAUUGGUGGGCAUGGUGGUAAUACAGUGUUUGCAGGAUGCUGGGACAAACAAAUUUGGAGCUGGGAUAGAGAAAGCAAAGUCCUGGGCAAAAGGUUUAAGGGACAUUCUGACUUUGUCAAAGCUAUUGUCUGCGUAAACAUUGGGGGAACUGACGUAAGCUCUUCCGCUUUGGUUGGAUGUAGGCCUUACUGAUGCAUUUUUAAGUGUUUAAUAUCUGGUGGUGCCGACGCGAAGAUAAUGGUAUGGGACACCACUACCGGCGAACGCUUGCAUACUCUUCGAGACAAGAGUGAAUCUAUGAUGGCUGUGCAACACCUCGCUCUAGAUCCCGAAGAUUCAACGAACACCGAAAUCGUUCUCGUUUCCUCGAGUAGUGACCCUCAUAUCCGGAGAUGGCGCGUUAGUCUCUCAUCAGCAUCUCAAAUACUUGAUGCUACUGAAGAAAUUUCGGAACAGAGCAAGGCCAUAAGAGAUACGAUUCUUGAGCAUGAAACAAGCGUCUACCAAGUCCUAUUUGCUGGCGACGAAGAAGAAACGGAUUUAUGGACAGCAAGUGCUGAUGGUACAGCUAAAUGUUUAUCAAGAGCAAAGCACUGGAGCGCAGAAGAAACAUACGAGCAUGGAGAUUACGUCCGCACUGUAGCUGUCACGGAUACGUGGGUUGUGACCGCAGGUAGGGACGAAGAUGUGAAGGUUUGGGACAAGGCCACUGGCAAAUUAUGGCAUGUUUAUGACGGACAUUACGAGGAGGUCACCGGCCUGACGAUUCUUCAAGGGGGGAAACAGGUCAUUAGCAUCAGUAUAGACGGGACCGUGAGGAUUUGGGGACUUGGUAAGGCGGAGCUCGAAAAAUCACGUCUCGAAAAUGAGGAGAAGGCGAAAGGAAUUGUGAAGGAGGAAAAAGUUGAGCCUAAAAAGGGUCUAAUGACUGCGGAAGAAGAGGCAGAGUUAGCGGAGCUACUGGACUCUGACGACGACUAAAUACAGCAUAACUGCGCCAAUAUAGCAUGCAAAGCUCUUUGUUCUCGAAUCUCUGUCUACUUAUUAUUUAUGAAAGAUAUUUUUUAGGAGCACGCGAAAUAGUGCAGCUCGCUGAAGCUAUAAGCUGAAGGCAGGAUGUACCAUGUUUUCGAGCCCAAGGCUGAAAAAGUUGAUUCCGGGCGAUUUGACAGGCACUCUUUGAUCAACAGCUUCAUGAGACGAAACAAUUACUUCAAAGAGAUAUAUAUUUGAUAUGGACUCUGACGUAGCAGAUGCAAGAUUCUUCCUACAAUUUUUGUUGUGACAUGCUUUGAUUUAUC